CAAUUCUGGCCGGUAUCGUUCAAAGCUGGUUCCGCAAAGGUACUAGCAGUCGAGAGUACUUACCCUUACAGCCCAUUGAGCCUCGAAGAGCGAGACCAGAUCCUGCUCGAGAUUUUGCCAUGAAAUUCGAGACAGCCUUGCAGUACAAUUCGGCACCAGAAUGGUUGGAAAAAUAUAUGGAUUACGCUGGAUUGAAGGCCCAGAUCUACGUCCUUGAGCGAGCACAGAGUAGCGUCGAUUCUCGGAACACGUCCAGCGAGCGAUCUGCUCUGAUACCCACGGGAUCUAGUCACGGGCACUCAAACGAUCUCUUUACUCAACACUUAGACAAUGAGUUGUCUAGGAUAUGCAUAUUCUACGACGAGCAAGAGGCGGCCUUGUUCCAAGAGUUUGGCGAGCUUGGUGCAGAUGUGGACGGUCAAUCCCAUAAUCCGCGGAGAAUGAGUCUUUCGGAAGAGAGUGAGGACGGAGAUGAGGAAGAUGAAGACGAGCACAUUGGAUCAGGGGACAGACCAUCCGACUCACCCAGACAACAAUCCUCAGGCCGAAGGUAUAUCAUCAGCACGCCGGAAAUGUCGCCAACUGAAGAGCUCCAUGCCAAUGGGAUUCAGCCCGGACGACCGAGAGCCCUCAGUGCCGUCAGCAACUCUUUGGAUCUCGAGCUCGGUGUGGGAUCAUCUCGUGACGGACAAGGCAGAAGAGAUCCUAGCCCACAUGUCCAUGCUCGAUCCCGUUCCACUUCCACCAAUCCCCUUGGCAGCCUUCUGCGUGGUGUCACUAGCAAUGUGUCCGAUCCGAGUGAUCCCCUCGAUAUCUGGACGUCCAACAGCGAUCACGCACUAGACACCCGUCUAAUCUUUAAACGCCGAAUCACAUCUUUGUACAUUUCAUUCACGUCUCUCAAGUCUUAUGUCGAACUCAAUUUUACUGGGUUUACAAAAAUAUUGAAGAAAUACGACAAAGUCACGGAGAACGAGCUGAAGAACGAGUACAUACGGUCGAAAGUUGAAGUGGCGCAUCCAUUUCAGGCUGCCACAAAAGCUCGAGUAUCCGAAGCGAUCAACAAUUUGAUUGGGUUGUAUGCACGUUGUGUAACCAAAGGGGAUGCUGGUCUUGCUCGAAGACAAUUGAAACUCCACCAGCGUGAACACAUUGUCUGGGAGCGUGAUACAGUCUGGCGACAAAUGAUAAACCGCGAGCGAAAUGGACAGGCUGGUGGUUUACUGACAGCGGUCGAUGCUACCGUCGAGGGAGAAACAAGCGCGCUGUUUCCCAUUUGGACACCGUUUGGAAACGUAGGGAUCACUCCUAAGUUUAUUUUGCUGGCAAUAUCCAUCCUUGUGUUUGUGAUUAUGCUGAAGGUGCCCAUCAUGGAAGAAAUGGAACGUCAGAAUUGCCUGGCGAUACUGACCCUCUGUACUUUGCUAUGGGCAACUGAGGCAAUUCCACUUUUUGUGACAUCAAUGCUUGUCCCAUUGCUUGUCGUCAUGCUCAGAGUGAUCAACUCGUCUGAUGGUUCAGGGCAACGCCUUGACGCGAUCGAGGCGACUAAAUAUAUAUUCUCCGUGAUGUUUUCUCCAACGAUCAUGCUGCUCAUUGGGGGCUUCACCAUCGCCUCAGCCCUCAGCAAAUCCAGUAUCGAUCGGUUGCUUGUGACACGACUGCUCAGCCUUGCGGGCACCCGGCCCAGUAUCGUCAUUUUAUCAUUCAUGGGCGUGGCAUGUUUUGCAAGUAUGUGGAUCAGUAAUGUGGCGGCUCCUACUCUCUGCUUUUCCCUCAUCAGACCUAUCUUGCGCAACUUACCACCGCACUCCAGCUUCGCACCGUGUAUAAUAAUUGCCAUCGCCUUGGCUGCAAACAUUGGCGGACAAAGCUCGCCAAUCUCUUCUCCACAGAAUCUCAUUGCUUUGGAGGCGAUGAACCCACGAAUUGAUUGGCUUGGUUGGUUCAUCGUGGCCCUGCCUGUUUCAACUGUUUCUAUCGUGGUUAUCUGGCUGCUCUUACUCGUUGCGUACCACCCAUCACAGGACGUGGAUGGCAAUCCUUUAGAAAUCCGCCCAAUCCGAGCCACAAAAGAAUCUUUGACAGGUACUCAGUACUAUAUCAUUGUUGUGACCAUCAUCACUAUUGUGCUCUGGCUAGUCGAGCACGGGAUGGAGACCAUCGUGGGGGACAUGGGGGUGAUUGCACUUAUACCUGUCAUUGCCUUUUUUGGAACUGGGGUUCUUAAGAAGGCCGACUUCGAAAGUUUUUUGUGGAGCGUGGUAUUCCUUGCAAUGGGAGGAAUAGCCUUGGGGAAAGCGGUUGUGUCAAGCGGUCUAAUAGAGACCUUUGGCACCGAGAUUCGCAUUAUUGUCUCUGGCCUUGAUCUAUAUCAGGUUGUUUUGGUUCUGUCUGCGGUGGUUCUCAUCGUAUCGACAUUUAUUUCCCACACGAUUGCAAGUGUCCUUUUGGUUCCCAUUGCUCUUGAAGUUGGCGAGCGACUGGCUGAACCGCAUCCCCGACUUCUCAUCAUGUUGACGGCACUGCUCUGUUCGACUGGCAUGGGUAUGCCAGUUUCAGGCUUCCCGAAUCAGACCGCAGCGAAUCAAGAGGAUGAGGUAGGAAGACGAUAUCUGACAAAUGUUGAUUUCCUUAAGAAUGGAGUCCCUGCCAGUAUCAUCGCCGCUAUUGUUGUGGCUACCAUUGGAUACCUCCUGAUGAGAGCAGUGGGGCUGUAAUCCAUGAAGCUCGUUUGUCCAGAUAGAUGCCGUACAAUACCUAUUUCAUGGCUUUACACUGUGCGGUAUACCGCCACAGCAUGAAGUGU